CUGGCUAAUAAUUUUUUUGAUUCAUAUACGGUACAUUUAGGGAACCAAUUAAACUGGUUUCAAGGCAAGGUGGACUAGGUCGUGUUUGCUAUGUCUGACACAGACUCGUACUAUGUGCCAUUUAGAUAUGGUCAAACAAGUUCAAACGUCACUCAUGUAAAUGGCACUGGUUUGGAAUCAGCAUCUGGUAGCUUCCAAAGGCCUAGGGGUGCAGGAUCAUAUGAUAAUCGGCAAUUUGUGGAUGUCCCGGGAGGAGGAGGGUCACAUGAAUACUCUAAUGUCAAAAAGGUGAUUUCCCAUCAACCAAAACAACUAGAGGUUGUCACAGAAAAGCAAUAUGUAACACCAGAGCCAUAUGUGACACCAGAGUCAACUUUGACACAGGAGCAAUAUGUAAUGCAAGAACAGCAUGUGACCAAACAGUCCAUUGUGACAAAACAACCUAAGCUGACCCAUGUAACACAACAUCCCAAUGUAACACAACCAGAAUUGACUCAGCAGGGCAAUGAUUUUGAUGCUCACAAGUUGCAGCAUGGCCUCUUUGAUUGUUUUAAACUGUGCAGAGACCAGAAAGGCACUGAGAAAUUUUGCAAAAUCUGUUGGUGUUCGCCCUGUAUGGAGUGUUCAAUAGCUGAAGACUUGAAUCAUUCUAUGGGUUACUCGGCAUUAUGCUCACUGGGAAUAGGAUCAAUUAUGCUGCGCUCGAAACUCAGAGAAAAAUACAACAUAGAUGAAAGAUCGGGUUUGUGUACUGAUAUCUUUUCAGUAUGCCCUUUCUAUCUUUGUCAUGUAUGUCAGCUCAGACAAGAGAUAGACACCAGACAUGGGGAGAAAGUAACACCACUAUCUCCACCUUUAGUAGCAGAUGAUAUGCAGGCUGGGCAACCAAGAGAAUGGACCACAGGGCUGUUGAAUUGUACUGCAUAUGCAGAUCCCUGGGGGCGCCCAGAACUUACAAAUAAAUGUAUAUCUACAAUUUUCUGUGCUCCUUGUGUGGAGAUGGGAGUGGCCGAUGACCUGGGGGAGAAUGCUUGUCUUCCCUGUCUAGGUCCAGUUGGAUCUUUGGCCCUUAGGACUAAGUUGAGGAGAUCACACAAUAUUGAGGGCACAAUAUGUGGUGACUUGAAGAGUGUGUGUUUCUGCUAUUGCUGUCACGUGUGUCAGAUGUCAAGAGAGAUUGAAGCAAUCACAAAUGCAACAAAGGUCAAGAUGAUGGAAAAUGGGCAGGUAGUAACUGGCCAACCAAUCUCCGCUUUGAUGGUGAAAAGCACCAUGUAACCAACUUCUGGCACUUCAUAUGUUUUGACGCAAAGUGCCCACAAACAUCCAAUAUAUGCAUAUACAUGUAUAUGACAUUAUCUUAUCAAAUAUGUUUUUGUUAUAUAUAACAGGAUUCAAUAUGAU